CGUCCCCUCCGAGAAAAAUGAGAAAACGCAGAAACCUAAAAAGCUUUCACGUAUAUUACUUCUCUCUUUCCUUUCCUUUCGUGGCCAAAAAAGAACUAAUCAGCUUCUCUCUGGCCAUCAACAGAUCUUCUUGAACCUGCCUUCUUCUUCUUGUUACCUUAUCUCUAUUAAUCAUUCCGUUAGAUUGUUAUAAUAAAUCUCAAGAAUGGCUCAGUCCUGUCUUAAGAUCGUUCGACUCAACAAUCUCAAGAACAGAGUGAACCGUCGGAUUUCGAUUCUCCGGCGAUUCACGCGCCUUAUCUGGAGCAGAAUCGUCGCUUGCGCUCCCGGUAAAUCACGGAGAUAUCUCUUGCUGUCACGCGCCGCCACUCCUUCUCCGUCUGUCUCUCGUCCUCAGCCACCUCCGAUCCCUACCCUUGAUGCCUCUGGGGGUGAGGUCGUACGCCGCAUAUCGGUACACGAACACGAUAACAGUCACCGGAGAUCGGAUUCUGAUCUGGUUUCUCUCAAAAUCAGCCUCUUAGGAGAUUCAGAGAUCGGAAAAACUUGCUUCCUGGCUAAAUAUGUUGGUGAAGAGAAACAAGUUGAAAUGAGAGAAUUAGAGAAAGGGAUCAGUUGUACGGACAAAAUGUUGUCCAUGGGAGGUGCUCGCAUCUCCUACAGUAUCUGGGAAUUAGAAGGAGCUGAGAGAUCACGAGAUCUAAUCCCCACGGCUUGCAAGGACUCUGUAGCUAUUCUCUUCAUGUUCGAUCUAACUAGUCGUUGCACACUUAACAGUGUAAUCAGCUGGUAUCAACAAGCUAGAAAGUCUAAUCAGACGGCAAUUCCAGUUAUGGUAGGAACAAAGUUUGAUGAGUUUAUUCAGCUUCCUAUUGAUCUUCAAUGGACUAUUGCUAGCCAGGCAAGAACCUACGCAAAGGCGCUGAACGCGACACUCUUCUUCUCGAGUGCUUCAUACAACAUAAACGUAAAUAAGAUCUUCAAGUUUGUGACUGCGAAGCUCUUCGACUUACCAUGGACGGUGGAGAGAAAUCUCACCAUCGGAGAACCGCUCAUCGACUUCUAG